AUGGCCCUAGCAUGGACCAGACCGGUGGCUUUGGAAGCGGGUGGAGUUCCUGCCACCAUCUAUCAUCUAGACGUCCGGAGGAGACCACGCAAUCACACGCAACCGCACGGCACGCUUGCACAAGCGACGCAGUGUAUGUCCCCGUUUGAACGACAUGAAUGUAUCUAUAGGGGCAGCAGACGCAGUCCUGGUCGAGGAAUUCAACCUGUAGGCAAAAAGAAAGCCCAGCGUCAACGCGUCCUUGAUGCGAACACGGCGCAGCAACACUUUCGAGACCGCCUCCCCGAUCUGAGCACGCCGAGGUUCGUGACAAUGGCCAAGCAGAAUGCUCACGAAUAUGCAGAAGACUUGAAAAGGUCGGGUCAACCGCCGUGGAUCUUUGCGCUGUAUCAGUUGUGGCUGGAGCUUGCCAAAGAGCCUUUCAAAGGCGUAGUUCGACCUGAUCUUCACCAUUUGGAGGACGAAGCGGUCCCGGUAGAUGACAUUGUGGCUGCGGCAACAAGUCUCCUCGCCCAACUCUCCGACGAAGACAAACAGGUCGUCUCCUACCACGUCGACGCCCUAUCACGUGACGUUGCUAAGCCUGAUUUGGGAUAG